AAUGUUGAAGCCCUCCCUCUCUCUCCUGGCUCUCUCCCGUAGCUGGCUACACCAACCCCAUGCUAUCAAACUGUGCUGACGAGAAUCUCCCUUGAAUACUGUGUUUUCAUGUGUAUAGAAUCGAUGUAUUUUGUUUUGGCUUUGAACAUUCUCAAAACAUCUUGGUUCAAUGGACGAUUGAUUCCUUGGUAAGAUUUGUUCAUGCAAGCUGGAUGAUAAACAAAUUUCAAGUUGGUGAUUGUCACAAGUUUUGAGAGAUUUCAUGUCUUCCCGGUGAACCAAUUCGAUGUGUAUUUGUGGUCUAUGGGAGUCAAACAGCUGAAAACUUUGAUCCAAACCCAAUGACCUCCUUGUUGUAAUAUCGGUAGAGAGUCUGAGAACAUGUUGUUGACGUCUAUAGUGACUGUGAUAUUGUGUGUGUGUUUACGUCAAGUUCAAAGUAACAAAAGACGCACGGGGAUGUCGUUUGAAGAGACAGUUGUUAACAAAAUCAUCGAGUCCUACAAACAACGAACAACUUUAAGUCGACCAGUCUUAAAUUAUAACGACACUCUCCAGGUGGCCUUCGCUAUACAGUUGACACAGAUUAUGAGUUUGAACGAGCAAGAUCAAGUACUCACACUCAAUAUAUGGGAUCAGAAAUUGUGGUUUGAUGCUCAAAUUAAGUGGAACAAGUCCGAAUAUGGAAACGUCUCAUCUGUCCGAAUACCAUGUGAGCACAUCUGGACUCCUGAUAUAAAGUUGCAUAACUAUGCCGAUCUACGACUAACUGCCCACCGUGACGCACUGUGUAUUAUAAGUGAGGAUGGCAGCGUCUACAACGUCCCUCAAGUUGUCUACAGGAGUUCUUGUCCCAUUGAUGUCUAUGUCUUUCCAUUCGAUGUCCAGAAUUGCACGCUCAAGUUUGGCUCCUGGACAUACGAUGGCAAUAAGGUGGACAUUAUAUUUUAUGAUAAUAAGGCUUACAUCGAUUUAACAGAGUUCAUAGAGAGCAGUUCCUGGGCUAUACUGGAUGUUCCAGCGUAUCGACUCAAUAAGACCAUGCCCUGCUGCCCAGGACUGUUCUGGAUCGAGCUUCAGUACCACUUGGUGUUUCAAAGACGAUCAGCCUUGUUUAAUUACAUCUUGAUACUGCCGUGUAUUCUAUUGACCACAAUAACUCUAGUCUUGUUCUUUAUACCUCCAGAGUCUCCUGCUAAAAUGCAACUAGGUUUAGCGAUUUUUAUUGCAUUCUUCGUCUUGCUGAGAUUGUUAGAAAAGAAUUUACCCCCUGGCACGUCAAGAAUGCCUUUAUUAGGAACGUAUUAUUGUCUGAAUAUGAUUCUCAUUACACUCUCAAGUUUCUUGAAUGUACUUAUAGUGGACUUGACCACCCAUGGACAACGUACGCAGGCCCCACCGAAAGUUGGCAUGUUUUUCUUCAAAUACAUUGCUAAAUGUCUAAUGAUGGAUGACUUAGUUAGACCAUUUCUUGGCAAUAAGCCAAAAACUCGAACACCAAAGGAUGAUAUGGGUAAAAUUGAGGAGAAAGUCUGGAAGCAUGAAGGUCAUGGCUCAGAUGAAGCUUUGGUUACAAUACAACGAGAACACCAGGCCCAGAAUUCUGGACCCCUGGCAGAGAUCGAGCACAAACUGAGUGAACUAAGAGAGUUUUUGAAAACUCAGAAAACGCGCUUGGACGAGAGAGACCGCAAAGAAAACAUCGCCAAGCAAUGGAAAGCCAUGGCGCUAGUUCUGGAUCGAGUCUUCUUCUUUGUCUACAUGGGUAUCAUCAUCAUAUCUUUAAGUUAUACUCUGCCAGUACUGACCUCUUCAGAUGCCUACUAUAACAAGACACGGGUUGAAAUGGCUAGAAAUCCAGUCCCAAAUUCUGCUAGCAAUGUAACGAAUAGUACAAGCGAGUAAUUGAACCAAACAGUACAUCUGAAUACAAAAUUCAUUUUUUUUUUCAACUAAAGCAACUAAGUCUUGAGCUACUAACAUGUUCUACUAGGCUAGCGUGUAGUAUUUGUAGGUUUCUGUUUCAAGCGUACUGCUCAUUAAGGUAGUUCAUAGUUUCUAUACCUACGUCAGUUCCAUCAUACAGGGAGUCUGUCCAACCAAACAGGGCGUCUUUCUUACCAAACAGGGCGUCUUUCUUACCAAACAGGGAGUAGAUCUUGACCGUCAGCUCGAGUACGUCAUAUUUUAUUUUGCUAUUAAUAAAUGUAUCUAACAUUGAAUCAAUGUUUGAUUUUUUAAAGUACUUUUCGUUGAUUUAUAUUCAGUAGACAUGUCAACUAAAGUAUGCACAUAUAAGGUAUGUUAGACAUGAAUUAUCAUGUUUUUAUGAAAUCAAAGUAAGGUAUAGAAUAUAAGCUAUGUAAAAAAAAACUAUUUUAUGAAUUGAAACUAGAUUUUGUCUCUUGAGGUAUUUCAAUACAUUUUAUGACUUAGUAAUUCAUUUGCAGAAUCAGUUUCUUUUUAUUUGGUGAAUACUUGAAGUGUUUUCCAACUCAAAACUUGUUUGGCAAAUCAAACGGAUAUCUGUAGCCAAGGGUGUUGUGUGGUCACCACUGUGUUACUUUGUCUCAACAAAUGCCUGGUUUCUUUGGAAGGUUGGUCAGCUUGAUGACCAAAGUAUACUAAUUUAAAUGCUUAGCAAUUUCCAAAUAUGAUAGAGUUAAAAACUCUUGGCUAACUGGUCAUAUUCACUUUGUCAUAUUCACUGUGUCAUAUUCACUUUGUCAUAUUCACUGUGUCAUAUUCACUGUGUCAUAUUCACUUUGUCAUAUUCACUGUGUCAUAUUCACUGUGUCAUAUUCACUUUGUCAUAUUCACUGUGUCAUAUUCACUGUGUCAUAUUCACUGUGUCAUAUUCACUUUGUCAUAUUCACUGUGUCAUAUUCACUGUGUCAUAUUCACUGUGUCAUAUUCACUUUGUCAUAUUCACUGUGUCAUAUUCACUUUGUCAUAUUCACUGUGCCAUAUUCACUGUGCCAUAUUCACUUUGUCAUAUUCACUGUGUCAUAUUCACUGUGUCAUAUUCACUUUGUCAUAUUCACUUUGUCAUAUUCACUGUGCCAUAUUCACUGUGCCAUAUUCACUGUGUCAUAUUCACUUUGUCAUAUUCACUGUGCCAUAUUCACUGUGUCAUAUUCACGGCGACCCCAAAACAAAAUACCAUGGAGCAAAAAAAAAAAUGUCUAAAUUCUAUGACAGAAAAUAUGAAACGUAUCUGUGAUCCUUGUCAGUCUCAAGAUGUAUAGACUUUACAUUUACGGAAGUUCAUAAAUAAAUUUGAUUGUUGAAAUGCAUUAUGAAUUUAAUAAUAUUAUAUUAUUUUCAAGUCCGAAAAUUAAGAAAGAAUUCCAUAUUUUAAGUGACAUCACAUAACUACGCAGAAUUAGACAUGCCCUACACAUUUUUGCGCAGUCAAAGCCGGUGUCUGCAUGUCAGAGGUGUCUAUGUUUUAUUUUCGCUAUCAAUAACUUUUGUCAGUCUCGCUAUUUCGCUAUUUUUUCUGAAAAUGUGACAUGGAAUCAAUGUCUGGCUUAUUUGACGUUGUUAUGAAAUAUGCAAAUUCUAUGAAUGGUGGGAAAUGUUACUAUUGGCUGAACUAACGAGAUCCUUGAGUUUAGGUGCUACCUUAUGCUCUAGUAGCCUGCAUACUUUGUAAAGAAGGCUACCUUUUAUUACCUUUAUUUCAUGUCUUUCGUACUUCCUCUUUGUGUAUAUAAACUUAGGAAGUUGUUUGGUUUGAGUUCAAUUCUUUUCUAUGUAGAUAGACAGUACAGCUACCAACGGACUCAAUGUUUCUAUGUAGAUAGACAGUACAGCUACCAACGGACUCAAUGUUUCUAUGUAGAUAGAUAGUACAGCUACCAACGGACUCAAUGUUUCUAUGUAGAUAGACAGUACAACUACCAACGGACUCAAUCUUUCUAUGUAGAUAGACAGUACAACUACCAACGGACUCAAUCUUUCUAUGUAGAUAGACAGUAUUGCUACCAAUUUACCCAAUGUUUAAAAAUCAUGCGUCAUAAUAGUCAAAAUGGAUAGGGAAAUUGUUCUAUUUAUGUUCUCAUUUGGAAUCACGUGAUUUGUAGCAUCUGUGUCACACUUUUCUUCAUUGAAGCCAUCUUCUGCAUGAGUCAUGAUUGUUCUGUUGUCACUAGUCUUUGUUUCUUACCCUGUGCACCAAGUCCUCCUUCAACGAAAUGAUUUCAACAGUUGGAAUCUUUCUAUUGAGUGAGGACCUUUAGUAUUUCGUAUCAAACAGAAGUAUUAAAUAGACGGUGUACAUUUCGCUAACUGUUCAUCUACCUAAGAUUCGAGCUUUCUGAGACAACGCCGGGAAGAUCUUUCAACUAGAACCUGUCCUUUUUAUGGGCCAAGUAGUUGGUUCAAGUUUUUGUCUGUAAAAUUUUUUUUUUUUUCUGCAAAGUAGAAAGAAUUGUAUAAAACUAGCGAACACACACCAUUUUCUUGUCAAUUCACCUUUUGAGUUGUCUAGCUGUGUCCAGCCAAAGGUGUCUAGCUGUCUCCAGCCAAAGUUGUCUGUUGUGUCCAGCCAGAUUAAAUGUGGUAAGUCAGCUGAUCUAGAAUACUUCUUUCUAACGGUCACAGAAAUAUCAAAACAAACUGGACCAGUCUCAGGUCUAUCCAUGUAUUGUCUUGUUUUUGUCACGCAACAAUUUAGAUCUAGACCUAGACCUAGAUAGUCAGUAGUAUCGCUAGCAAUUGUUUAUUUCAAUAUGGAGAUAGUUUGAAUGUGUCAGUAGAUGAAUUUACAAAGACUUUCAAUGGCUUUCUAAUGUAUUAUUUAUAUCGCUUUGUAAUGGUUGAUGUGUUGAACUAUUAUAUACACAAAUACGUUAAAAGAAGUGACUACUACGUGAAUGUACACGUUAAUAAGACUACGUGAAUGUAGAUGUCACAAAGACUACGUGAAUGUAGAUUUCACAUCUACUCAUUGACGUAUCCGUAUACUACAGCUUUGUCAUGCUGUCCACUCGAGUUUGUUAAGAUGAAGACAUUUGUAUGAAAAUAACACUAGUCCCUAAAUAAAUAAAUGUUAAUUUCCACAGCUGGUCUAGAGUCUAGUCAAUGUCUUUCCCUCUUAGAAUUGAACAAGAACCAAACAUAAGACAUUUUGAAUGAAAAUAUUUCAAAACAAUAAACGAAGUUCCAUACUGAAGACAUCUUUCGAAACGCAGUGCACUUGCUCAAAGUUUAUAAAAACAAAAGCUGUGACAAUAUCAGUAUUAGCUUUUCAAACUACUUUAUUGCCGAAUAUUGUUGUAAUAUUUCUAUAAUACACAUGCCAGUAACAAUUAUUAAAGAAUUAUUUUGUGAUAACAGUUGUGUUGAGGUAUUUCUUCCGAUCAUUAGAGACUGCUGUUAAAUUUGUUUUCAGUUUUUUGUAUUUCAAACUAAUUUUGUCUUGUUCGCGUAUAAUUUUGUUCUAAAUCACUCACCUAUGUAUUCUUCGCACUUUGCGUUAUUAAGAUAUUUGUUUCAUUAUUUUAGAAUUUUGACUUUGUGAGUGUUGACUUGACAAUCAUUCUAUUAUUAAAUCAGCACUUUUUGAACUUGAUCAGAAAUUGGUGUUAAUUUUUUGUGUUAACAUCUUUCUCUCUCUUUAUAUUUAUCUAUCUAUCUAUCUAUCUAUCUAUCUAUCUAUCUAUCUAUCUCAAUCUCUCUCUCUCUCUCUGUAUAUAUAUAUAUAUAUCAGUGGCGUAGCAAGGUACCACUGGGCCCGGGUUCAAGAAUAUAUAUUAUAAUAUGCAUGUUACAUGCCACCACAUAGAGGAUUUCCUGAACUCAGUUCUGCAGCCACGCAUGUUACAUGCCACCACAUAGAGGAUUUCCUGAACUCAGUUCUGCAGCCACGCAUGUUACAUGCCACCACAUAGAGGAUUUCCUGAACUCAGUUCUGCAGCCACGCAUGUUACAUGCCACCACAUAGAGGAUUUCCUGAACUCAGUUCUGCAGCCACGCAUGUUACAUGCCACCACAUAGAGGAUUUCCUGAACUCAGUUCUGCAGCCACGCAUGUUACAUGCCACCACAUAGAGGAUUUCCUGAACUCAGUUCUGCAGCCACGCAUGUUACAUGCCACCACAUAGAGGAUUUCCUGAACUCAGUUCUGCAGCCACGCAUGUUACAUGCCACCACAUAGAGGAUUUCCUGAACUCAGUUCUGCAGCCACGCAUGUUACAUGCCACCACAUAGAGGAUUUCCUGAACUCAGUUCUGCAGCCACGCAUGUUACAUGCCACCACAUAGAGGAUUUCCUGAACUCAGUUCUGCAGCCACGCAUGUUACAUGCCACCACAUAGAGGAUUUCCUGAACUCAGUUCUGCAGCCACGCAUGUUACAUGCCACCACAUAGAGGAUUUCCUGAACUCAG